AUGCGUCUCAUGCUCGCUGCGCUGCUGCUCACGUCCUCCCGCUUUUCUCACGCCCAGUUUAUCCACCGAUACGAGAAUGCUCGUAACCUGACCGUCAAGACCUACCCGGGCAACGUCACCGUGUCGUUCAAGGAACCUCGUGGAGUCUGCAACACCGCUUCCGAUGCGCAGAAGCAAUACACGGGGUGGGUUAGCGUGCCCAAUGAGUAUCCUACCAAUAUAUUCUUCUACUUCGUCGAAGCUCGCAACGCAACCGAUAACCUGACGGUAUGGAUCAACGGCGGGCCCGGCGCCAGCUCCAUGUACGGCUUCUUCACCGGCAACGGGCCUUGCGAGGUUGUCGAGAGAGGGCUCGACGAGUACGAGACCGUUGCCCGAGAAUGGGGCUGGGACCGGGCUUCCAACAUGCUCUUCAUCGAUCAGCCCGUCCAGACCGGCUUUUCCUACGACGUACCCACGGACGGUACCCUGUACAGGAUGAAAGCCUCGACAGUGACGCCGCCCAUCUACAACCCGGACACGGUACCCUCUUGGGAUUUGGUCAAUGGCACUUUCAGCAGUGGGAAUGUCAACAACACAGCCGGCACCAGCCAGGAGGCGGCCCUGGCGGUUUGGCACGUCAUUCAAGCCUUCCUAACCACCUUGCCCGAGCUCAAACUCCCCCUGAAUGCGUCGACUCUGGAGGUUAGCCUUUUUGCCGAAAGCUACGGCGGCAUUUUCGCCCCGAUAUUUGCCGAGACGUGGCAGGCCCAGAAUCAGAAUCGAAAACGCCUAGCUGGCCAUGCGGACGGGCCUUUACCGGUCGAGAUACGCCUCGCAUCGGUAGGGAUUGUGAGUGGGAUCAUCGACAUGGCGACUGAAAUCCCCGCCUACCUUCGUUUCCUCAACAACAAUACGUACGGCAUCGAGCCACUCUCCGGCGAAGUGACCGAGUCCCUCCUGCGGAACUUUACGGCCGUCGGCGGCAGCCAGCAGAUUCUCGCUCAAUGUGCCGCCAGUGCCAGGCAGAGCGAGGCCGGAAGAGCAACGAACGAGACCGAGGCCGAUGAUAUUUGCACGCAAGGGUAUCAGAGCUAUGCCGAGAUACUCAGGGCGUUUCGCCGCAAAUAUGGACGAAGUUGGUACGACAUAGCAGAGCGAUUCUAUAGUCCGUUUCCAUCGCUCCACUUCCUCGAAUACCUCAACCAAGCCGAUGUUCUGGCGGCGAUUGGGUCGCCCGUGAACUUUACCUUGACAAGCAACGCCGUUUACGACAACUUCUACUACAAACGAGGCGACAGAGCUCGGGGUGGUAACAUAGAUCGGCUGGCGAAGCUCCUCAACAGCGGCAUUCGGAUAGGGCUCAUGUAUGGAGACAGAGACUUCAUGUGCAACUGGGUGGGAGGUGAGGCCGUUUCGCUGAAGAUUGCUCAGACGGCAGGGGGUGAGUAUGCCGCCAUGUUUCCGGCAGCAGGCUACGCUCCCAUUGCCACCAACACCACCUACACCGGCGGCGAGGUUCGCCAGUAUGGCAACCUCUCCUUCAGUCGCGUAUUCCAGUCCGGCCACGCCGUAGCCUCCUACCAGCCCGAAACGGCAUUCAGCAUCUUCUCGCGCAUCAUGGCGGGCAAAUCCAUCUCGACGGGGGAGACUGUCGAUUUGCAUUCCUUCGCCACGAGAGGCGGCCUGCAAUCAACCACAAGUCACACGCUGCCGGCCGCAUCCGAACCAAAGUGCUCCGUCCGCAACCUCCAUUCCUGCGACGAUGAUGCCUGGGAUCUGGCUUUCCAUGGAGGCGGCGUUCUUAUCAACGGGGUUCUGUACAACAAAGCCGAGGAUUGGCCUCUGGCUACGCGGCCAAGAUUGAGAUGA